GCCCCCCCUGAGGCGGAGCCGCCGUGAGGGGGGAGCUCCGCCCGCUUCCAACAUGGCGGCCCCGCCCCGCGCCCUUCGAAAUGGCCUCCCCGGGAGCGGCGGGCGGCCCUGCCCCUUUCCAAAAUGGCGGAGGCGGCGUCAGCGCGUCACGGCGGCGGGGGGCGGGGCGAGCGGGUCACGGGCCGCGCCGCUGCCAUGGCAACGGGCGGGGAGCGGGGGCGGGAUGGAGCCGGCCGGGAUGGAGCCGGCGGGGAUGGGCAUGGAACCAGCGGGGAUGGAGCCGGAGCCGGCGGGGAUGGGGACAGCGGGCAUGGGGGUGGAACGGGCGGGGAUGGGGACGGCGGGGAUGGAGCCGGCUGGGACGGAGCCAGCCCGGGAGGCGGAGGAGCCCCCGGGGUCCCCGGCCCUGCCCGCCGAGCCCCGGCAGGCCGGGCCGCCCGGCGCGGCGGCCCCGGGGGAAGGGGCGCUGCCCGGCGCGAGCGGGCGGGAGCGGGAGCGGGGCCGGCGCGGGGCCGGCGCGGGGCAGGGCCAGGGCGGGCGGGCGGCGCGGGGCAGGGCCCGGCGGGCCCCGGGCCGGCGCGGCGGGGACGAGGGCGGCCGGCGGCCCGGGGUCACGGUGGACAGUUCCAAGGCCAAGACCUCGCUGGAGGCGCUGAAGAUCAGCCUGCGGCAGCUCCGCUGGAAGGAGUUUCCUUUUGGCCGCCGCUUGCCCUGCGAUAUCUAUUGGCAUGGGGUGUCGUUUCAUGACAAUAAUAUCUUCUCAGGUCAAGUCAACAAGUUUCCAGGCAUGAUGGAGACAGUACGGAAAAUCACCCUGAGUCGGGCCAUGAGAACAAUGCAGGACCUGUUUCCUCUUGAGUAUAACUUCUACCCUCGGUCCUGGAUUCUGCCAGAAGAACUUCCCCUCUUUGUGGCUGAGGUUCGGGUGAUGAAGGACAGCGAUCCGUCCUGGAAGCCCACUUUUAUUGUGAAGCCUGAUGGAGGCUGCCAGGGGGAUGGAAUCUACCUCAUUAAGGACCCGAGUGACAUCAGGCUGACGGGAAGCAUCCAGAGCCGGCCAGCCGUGGUCCAGGAGUAUAUUUGCAAACCACUGCUCGUGGACAAACUGAAGUUUGAUAUUCGUCUUUAUGUCUUGCUGAAAUCCUUAGAACCCUUGGAGAUUUAUAUAGCCAAAGAUGGACUUUCUAGGUUUUGUACGGAGCCCUAUCAAGAACCCACUUUAAAAAAUUUGCACCAGGUUUUUAUGCACUUAACCAACUAUUCACUAAAUAUCCAUAGUGAGAAUUUCAUCCAUUCUGACAGUGUAAACACUGGCAGCAAGAGGACUUUUUCAAGCAUUCUGUGCAGACUGUCUUCCAGAGGAGCUGAUGUCAAAAAGCUCUGGUCAGAUAUAAUUUCACUGGUGAUUAAAACUAUUAUUGCACUGACUCCAGAACUGAAAGUUUACUAUCAGUCUGACAUCCCGUCAGGAAAGCCUGGGCCAACUUGCUUCCAGAUUUUAGGGUUUGACAUUCUCCUGAUGAAAAACUUGAAGCCCAUGUUACUAGAAGUAAAUGCAAACCCCAGCAUGAGAAUAGAACAUGAGCAAGAGCUUUCUCCUGGAGUGUUUGAGAAUGUCCCAAGCCCUGUUGAUGAAGAAGUGAAAGUUGCUGUCAUCAGAGACACUCUGCGCCUGGUGGACCCCCAGAAAAAAAAGAGGAAAGAUGCCCAGUGUCCGCGCUUGGAGCACGUGCCGGAAUCGAGCGAGUCGCUGCCGGAUGCGGUGCCGGCCGAGCGGCCGGAGCCGGACGGUCCCCGGAGCCCCGAGGCCGGACUGCCCUCGCUGUGCCUCAAGCAGGUGUUCCCCAAGUACGCCAAGCAGUUCAGUUACCUGCGGCUCGUGGACAGGGUGGCCGCGCUGUUCAUCCGCUUCCUGGGGGUCAAAGGCACGACCAAGCUGGGGCCGACGGGUUUCCGGACCUUUAUAAGAAACUGCAAACUGAGUAACAGCAAUUUUUCAAUGGCUGCUGUAGAUAUCCUAUACAUUGAUAUCACAAGGAGGUGGAACAGCAUGGGAAUUGACCACAAAGAAUCAGGUAACACAGGAAUGUGUCUGCAGGCCUUUGUGGAAGCUUUCUUCUGCCUGGCUCAGAAGAAGUACAAGUCCCUCCCUCUGCACGAGCAGGUGCUGUCACUGAUCGAGUUCUUGCGUGGAAACCAGGCAGGAAGGGGAGGACCAAAACACCAGAGGAGAACCAGCACUGUGGGAUUGGCUGCACUGGUGGAGAGGCACACUCGUGUCAAAGGAAUUACAUUGCUUUGGGAGCACAGGACAUGUCACAGAAACCAAGGAAGGAGCUGCAGUCUCAAAUACCAGACUUUGGAAAACUGAAACCUGGAAUUACAUUUGUGGUCAGACUUCAGGCUUUGACCCUCUUCUUUCAAUGGCUUGACUGUACACGCUGGAAUCGAUACAGAUUUGGUCAUUGUCUAUGUACUUAUUUUUUAAAGACAGACUUAAAACACUGAAAUCCUAUUUUGGCUUCUACUUCUUUGUACAUGUCUUUGCCAUGACAAGUACUGUUAGUUUUUUAAAGAAAAACUAAAGCUAUUUUUCCUUUUGCUUCCACAGAACUGAUAAGCUCACACUUAUUCACAGAAAAAAAAUUUACUUCCUCAAGUCAAAUUUGGUGAAUCAAGUUGAGGUUUUGUCUUCAGGGACUCGGUACUGCUUCUGCAGAAAGCUGUACAGUUUAAAUUCCAGUGAAACCAGUCCUGUCACUGACUUUAGCCUAAACUAACUGUAUUCUAGGUUUGUUUAUUUUUUGCCAUUUGCAUGUUUGUUACCCUGUUGGGACCUGCAAUAUCAUCUAGAGCAGAAUUUUUGUGUGUCUUUGCACUUUUUCUUAAUUCUUUUCCCUUAAAUAACAGUGUAAGUCUGUAAAAAUUAGAUCUAUAUUGUUUAAUAGGAUAUUGUGUCAGAACUGCUGGGCUAUACCACUGGAAUUGUACAGAGGAAUCUUAUUUUUCAGGAAAUGAACCAUAACUUCCCAUGCUCCUUAGGGGGGCUGAGCACAACAGAGACUGGCUGGAAUAACAGGACACGUAUAAUAAGGACAGGAAUAACUGGGAACUUCAGGGCUGUUCAGUGAAACUCUUUGUGGUCUCAUAUUUUAUUACCAUUAUGUAUGGCUUCAUCUGAGUUUGAUUUUCCUCCUUUGUUCUCCUCUUUAAUGUUAAUGACUUUGCUUAUGUUUUAGUGUCCUCCAUCCUGUCAGAAAUGGCAGAGCUCUAAGCUGGGCACUGAGCUUUGGAUUGGAGAACAUUCCCUGAGCUCCAGGUUGGAAUGUCCCAGUGCUGGUGCACCAGAAACGUGUCCACUCAGGAAGCACAGUGUCAGUGAGGGGGAGCCCCCCCAUUUCAUGUCAUGGACUAAAUGCACACGUGGCACUGAGUGAGUUUUUACUUCAGGGAGUGUUUUGAGUUUCUUCCCUGCUUUCAGUUUCAGCAGCAUGUGUUUCUCCCAAGUGGCAAUAGCAGCAUGGCAAUGCAAUGCAGGAGUCGGGCUGAGCCCACACAUAACUCAUCCCCAGCAUGUGUUAAUCUCAGGUGUGGGGUCCCUUCUCUUUAUCUUUUCCUGUACCACCAGUAAAAUAGAAGUAGAUUAUCUUUUUUAGUUCAACGGCCAGACUGUUUGAAAUGUUAUGUAUUGUACAUAAGAGGACAAUUGUAGACUAAUGCCACUGCCCUCAGCCUUGUUUGAGUUUCAUAAAGAUUAUUGCAGUAUGAAGAUAAAAUGCCAAACUCCAAGGUCUGGCAUCUGUCAGAACAAAUGAAGCUGAAAGGGUCAUUUUUUUUUCGCACUUUCAUUGUAAUAUAUUUGAAGACAUUCACAAGUUGAAAAAUGGUUACUUCUCCUUUUGUGACAUCUGACAUUUGUCUUGUGAUUGGCAGUGUGUUACUGGAAAAUAGCUUACAGUUCCUCUCAUCUGGUGAUUGAUGUCCUGGAAAGAGAGUCACAGAGGAGCCGGGUUGGAAAUGCUGCGGCCGUGAAUGCCUUUCCUUGCACCUUUCAAGUAGUACAAUCUGUGGCCUAAAUUAUCCAGGUUUUGCUAUUGUAUAACUUACCCUGAUAUCAGUGGAAUAAAUUAACUAUUGUAUACUGAACACUGAUAAGAUCUCUCUCUGUGCUGGAGAUCUUUAUACUCUCUGGAUCUCGUAGAGGUUUUUAUAGCCCGAGCAUCCACAGGCUGAUGCAGCACAGCCCAUUCAUCUCCCACUUCAGAUAUGAAGGGUCCCUUGUAGAAUAGUCAAAAUAUUCAAUUAUCUGCCUCUAGUAAUCCAGUGUUCAUGUAUUUAUAUAAUUGGAAAAUUGAAUGCCAUAUUAUUCUCAGAGAGGGGGGAGGGGAUAAACCAGGAAUGUUCUUUAGAGACUUAAUGGCAGUCACAUUUCUCUUCCCUCCUGUCUAAUUCAAUUUCCUCUGGAUAUUAUUUAGCAUCCAAUUUCAUAGAGCCUUUGAGUUACCAGUCUGUGCCCAUGUAAAUGGCCAGAGACACUUUAUCCAGAACAUGAAUGCUAAUGCACUGAUAAUCUGUUAAUCCUGAGGUACCUCUCUAGCUACAGACACAAUAAAUGAAAGGUUGGGGUUUUAAUAGCACUUUUCUAUAUAUUCUUUUCAGAGAAUAUCACAGCACUCAUUAUUCCAUUUAUGACAUACACGAUAUGGAUAUUGUAUACCAGUGAAAUCUUUCUCCUUAUCAGACACUGGGUCUGGUAUUCCUCUCUGGAUAGAAAUCAGAAUAAAGCAACAUCUAAUGAA